AUGAAGACACGCUCACCACCCUCAUCCGAGGCCCCAGCCGCAUCACCCCCCACUACGCCUGUCCACUCUCAUCACCAUAGCGGUGUAGACAGUGACUUCGAUCAUGGUGACGUCACGAACCUGGCCGGUCAACAACUUUGGAAUCCUCCCGACGAGUCAAACUCAAUUGGCAACCGCAAUAGUGCAUCAUUGAGGCUCUUCCCGAUCGCCGAAGUACACCCUUCCGACCUUACCACAAUCCCCAGCUGGAAGCCUUAUCGCCAGCUUGAAACCAAGCCUAUCUCGUAUGAGAAGCUUGUCAAUGAGGUCACAGGCAUCUAUGAAGGCUUGAUAGGGGUUGAAUUCAAAUCUCAUCUCCGUCUGCGUCCUUCCGUGCGCCACCUUCCCAGGAAGCACAAUAUGCCUGGACGGAUGUGGCGCUACGGCAUUCAAUUAUUCCUCGAGCUCCUCCGCAAGAGAUUGCCCGGCUCUCGCGAACAUAUGCUCACGUUCCUCGCCAUUGCAUACGGAACCAUGACUCUGCAACACGAAACUAUCCCUGAAUUUGCUGAUUCCUGGCUCGAAUAUCUCGGGCAUCUGGCCAGAUACCGCAUGGCUAUUGAACAGAACGCUCUCGAACGCGAAAUUUGGACGUCGGCAUCUCGAUCCUGGUACUCAAAGGGCUCGGAGCUGUUGCCAGAGGUUGGCCGGAUGUAUCACCACCUAGGUUUACUUGCGAAGCCAGAUCAUCUGAGGGAACUGUACUACUACAGCAAGUCAUUAUGCGUUCCGGUGCCUUUUCCAGGCGCUUGGGACAGCAUCAUGUCGACUUUCAUCCCAAUCCUGAGAAAGCCUAUUUAUCCAGAUCCCUCAGAUAGCCCGUCUGACCUAUUCGAUGAGCUGUUUGUGAGAGUCAAUGCUAUUCUCCUUUCUGGACUCCAGCGCGACCAACUCGAGGAGACAGUAGCAAGGUUUCUUGUUACGUUGGAUAGGAGCAUCGCUCUGCGGAGCAAGGGCUGGCUCCAAUCAGGACACUGCACUGCCAUUUCUCUCAUCUGUUCUCUUGUCGGCUACGGCGCGCCUUCCAAUCCCCUUCAGCAAUCACUACCCCAACCUGUCGCAGGUGAUGCAAACGGUUCGCUAGGUAACAAGAAGGACAUCGACGAGGAUACGGCCAAGAAAAACCUAUCCUGCACUGAUGUCGGCGCCGAGAAUGGCAGACAAAAACUUCCCGCGACCACCUGCCAACGAGCCGUUACGCCCACUACCAGAAGACUACGGCAUGCGAGGGUUCGCACUGUCGAAGGACUACUUCCUAAGGAUUGGUUCUCGAGCGAGCAAAUUGAAGAUGAGGAGAAGAUGUUUGAGCCGCCGUCGCUUGGGGAUGAGAGACGGCAACGUGUGCUCUGGCUUGGGCGUCGAAUCUGCGAAUUGGGAAAUUGGCUCAAGUGGGACGAAAAAAAAUGUCUGUUCACUGUCAACUCGGCGCAUGACAGAGACAUUGGCCUGCCUGCUGAAACUUGA